UUUAAGCACAAUGUCUCCUCCAGCCUUUGCUUUGUAUUUAGUAUCUCUACUCGUUGUGAUAGCAGCUCAUAAACCAGUUUUGACACGUUUGUCGUUACUUGUGGAAUCAGCUGAAGUUGGAGGCAGAAUGGCUUUGCAGUGUCUCUGUGGGGCCGAUGCAGCUGUGAUGUUUUACUGGUACAAACAAACUCAGGGGAAGGAACCAAGGCUUGUCUGCACAUUCUACAAGUAUAACAACAACAGCCGUUUUGAAGAUCAAUUUGAUCCUUCUCGUUUCUCUUUAGAAAGUAAAAACCACAGCAACAUUUUGCUGAGCAUAUCCGAUUUGAGGAUGUCAGACUCAGCAACUUAUUACUGUAUAAAGAGCGACUUAGCUAACAUCAAGUUUUGUGAGGGGACUACACUCACUGUGAAAGGUUCAGGACUAAACCUCCCAACAUUACUCCAACAGUCUGAGACGGAGCCCAUCCGAUCACCGGACUGCUCAGUACAAACUGGGAGCUGCGGUCCAGAGCACAGUUUUUACUGGUUCAGGAACUCUGGAGAAUUCCACCCUGGCUUGAUUUACAGCCAGACGGGCGAUAAGAAUCAGUGUGAGAGGAAACGCAAGACAUCAACAAACAGCUGUACUUUCAACCUGCCAGUGAAGAACCUGAAUAAGUCACAAGAUGGAGCCAAUUUCUGCGCUGUUGCUUCAUGUGGACGCAUCCUGUUUGGAGACGAGACCAUCGUCCACUCUGAAGGUGCCUCUGUCUCCAUUGUCUUGGUUUAUCUCCUGAGUGGAGCUUUGUCAUUCUCCAUCCUGCUGGCAGCUACACUGGCCUUCUCAGUGUUAAGACUGAGCAAAAUACACAGUCGGCAAACAGAUUGCAGUGACACAUUUCCUCCAAUUGCUAAGGUAAAAAUCAUCUCCUCUAGAGAAUUAAAGUCUAUUUCUGUUUCAGUGCUGCAUUUCCUCUGUUUUCUCUUUCGUAUGCAGCAGCUCCAAGGUGGAGAAAAGCCCCAAUAUGCUGCUGUGAACAAUCUGAAACCAAACAUGUCAGGAGGAGCAAAGGAGAGCUUCAGUGAAUGUGUCUACUCUGUUGUCAGGCAGUAGAGUUCUGUAGGUGGCGCUCAUGUUGAUGAUUGUGAUUUUGUCUUUAUCUGACUUUAUCACAGGGUAUAAAGGUGAUAUGUAAACUUGUAAUAAAGUUUUUCCCAAAGCUAA